UGAUGUCUAACACAUCGCAAUAAAACAAUAUCCAGUUAAUGUACACACGGGUUAGACAAUACGAUUUCGGAUUUGAAUGGUAUUUAGGAAACAAGUAUGAGUGUGGGAUGCUUUUAUUAAUCAUUGAGUCCAUUUUCUUUUUUGCUUUGUUGCACCAGUAUAAAUGCUGCAUGGAUUUAUACCUACAUUCAGGCACUGUUUGUGUUUAGAGAUUGGUUGAGCCCUUUCCAACCCAGCCCAACUAAAACUAUUGUAUUGAACCAUUAUUGCUUAAGUCCUUUUCUUGUGGGGGUCAGAUGAAUGGGUCUUACAAUUUAGCGCUUAAUUUAUCAUAAAAUCAACCUAAUAUAUAAAUGGUUUCUAUGCAAUAUUUUUUUCAUUUCAACCAAAAACUCUUCAAAAGUUACAAUACGCUACGUCAUGGACGGAAGGUAACCAACGCAACCUUCAGUGUAUGCAAGCUGCUGACAUCUCAGAGUUCAUUUUUUAACGACCAUAAUCGACAAAACCGAAGAGACCGUAUGUAACAAUAUCCAAGAAUUAGCACACCUGAAGUCUAAAUCCAAGGCUAAUAGAAUUCGAAAAGUCCUGAAUUAAAGCCUUGAGCAUGACGUUGAACGAAAGUGCUUCGGCAGUGGUGUCCUUGGUGUUUGCCGUUCUCACGUUCUCGAGCAUGCAGAUAUUCAAGCUCCAGUUCCAGUCCAGUCAGGGUGGGACCAUCUUGGGCGGGUUGACGGGCUCUCUCAUCUUCGUGUUCCUUCUCACGACCUUAAACAACUUGGAGCGCGUCAUUUUCGGCAAAGGGUUCCAAGCCAAGUGGUUCGAGGUGGGAUUGAGCCUUGUGAUGGCCGUCAUGGCCUCGGCUGCUGUUCAUCGGGUGUCAGCCUCAACUUGUUUCUUGUUCUCCUUGGGCAUGCUCUACGGCAUGGCCAAGAUUGCCCAAGAUGCGUACGGAUUGGGAUCGGUGGGCUCGUCAGGACACGCUCAUCACGACAAGGGCAAGAAGAAGAAGUAAGGAUCGAGGAACAAGAGGCAACCCAAAGAUUUAGAAGCUCUCAUAAAUUUUACGUUGUAUUUGUUCUGGACAAAAAAGGUACUGGAUUGGCCUUUACUCACAACACCCUGGUUGUCAUUUUGCAUUUCCUUCGAAUCUCGAAAAAUAGAUUGCACCUAUAUCUGCAGUUUUUGUGUCAAUUAUGAAAAUAAUAAUCUUUGAGCCGGUC